AUGCACCAUUUCCCGGGCUAUCAAAGUGGAUACCCCAUCGGGCCGUCAGUCGUGAUCGGCGCCCCACCCGGCAGUGGUCCAGUGGCGGCGGCGGUCAUAGUGAACGUACAGGGCUUCGGUCCCUAUCCCAUGCAAGUGACGUGUAGUCACUGUAGCGCACAAGUGAUGACUGAGACGGUAGCCUCGCCCGGACUACUCACUUGGCUAUUGUCGGGCACACUAUUUCUCGUCGGGUGCUGGCUGGGCUGUUGCCUAAUCCCGUGCUGUAUACCGGAGUGCCAGGACAUUGAGCACCGGUGCCCUAACUGUAAGACACAUUUGGGUACUUAUCGCAGACUAUAACCACAGCCAACACCACACACACCGACACUACACCACUGCUAACUGUCCCCUUAUUUUUACCCAACGAGUACGCCAUACCCUAUCUCCUGACCCACCGUCCCAUCGAUGAUA